AUGCCUGAUGUCAAUUGGGAAUGUCCAGAAUUACGCCAAGAAUUAUAUAAAAUGACGCGUUGGUGGCUUGAUAGAGGUGUUGAUGGUUUUCGUAUUGAUGCAAUAUCACAUAUAAAAAAGAAAUCAGGUUUACCUGAUUUACCAAAUCCAAAACAACUUGAAUUUCGUGAAGCAUAUGGUGAUCGUGAUGUUGUUACUGUUGGUGAAGCAAAUGGUGUUAGCGCUGACCAAGCUGUUAAUUGGGUUGAUGAAGAGAAAGGAAAAUUUAAUAUGAUCUUUCAAUUUGAAGCCACAAACUUGUGGGAAAAAUCAUUGGGUUCACUUAACGUCUUGGCAUAUAAACGUAUAAUGACAAGAUGGCAGAAGAGUUUAGAAAAAACUGGUUGGAACGCAGUCUUUCUUGAAAAUCAUGAUAAGCCACGUAUUAUAUCAACAUGGGGUAAUGAUAAAGAAUAUUGGAGAGAUUGUGCUACUUCAUUUGCAACUGUUUAUAUGCUCAUGAUGGGAACACCAUUUAUCUAUGAAGGUCAAGAAAUUGGUAUGACAAAUGUACGUUUUCCAUCUAUUAGUGAUUAUCCUGAUGUAGCUGCAAGAAAUUUUUAUAAUCUUGAAUUAGCUAAAGGUAUCGACCAUAAUGAACUUAUGGAAAUAAUCUAUAUGACAGGUCGUGAUAAUGCUCGUACACCAAUGCAAUGGGAUGAUUCAUUAAAUGCUGGUUUCAGUACAGCACAACAAACAUGGAUUGGUAUUAAUCCAAAUUAUGUACAUAUUAAUGUAGCGCAACAAGAAAAAGAUGAACAUUCUAUAUUGAAUUUCUAUAAACGUCUUACACGUUUUAGAAAAGAAAAUGAUAUUUUUAUAUAUGGAAUAUAUGAUUUAAUAUUAUCAAGUCAUAACCAAAUCUAUGGUUAUACACGUACAUCAGAUACUAAACGAGCCUAUGUUUUAACAAAUUUAACAGAUCGUGUGGCACAAUUUACUUUAUAUCAAGGUUUAUCAUCAUCACAACUUGUUUUAACAAAUUUACUUGAACCCAUACCUGAACAUAAGGACGAAAAAUCAUUUAAAUUUCAUCCCUAUGAAAUUCGUGUAUAUAUAAUUGAUUAUAAAAAGGAAGAAUUGCAUCAUCUUCAAGAAAAGAAACAUGCUAUUGAUCAAUCUAAAAAUAUACAAUCAACACUGUCUACUGAGACAAAAAGAGAAGAUGAUACGAGUGAAUCAUUAACAAAAAGACAAAAACUUGAACAAACGUCUCAUAAUCUAUUGCUUCAAUCAGAACAAAAUCAAAAUGAUAUUAUAUCAGCAUUAACACAGGCAACAGCAAAAACUUUAUCUGAAAUAGAAACAUCAAAACAACAAACGAAACAUAAAUCAACGUCAGUAGCAAUAGAUCAAGAAAAAGUCAUAUCACCAGAUAGUUUAGAAAUUGAUCUCGAAAAUGAACCAAUAUAUAAGAAACGAGAAGGGCAACGAUCACUUGUGCUUAAUCUUGAAAAUAUAAUACCUGUUGUACAAAAUGAUCCCAGUUCAUCUGAUCAACGUCGUCGAUCAUCGUUUUCUACUGUAAUAUUUCAAACAUCAAGAAAAUCAAGUUUUAUAGAUCAUCAUGCUGAGAGUCCACUGGAUGAUGAUGAAAAGAAAACAACAACAAAUGAAAUCGAAGAUGAAUCAACUGAUCUAAGUGGAAAAGAUACUAAUUAUUCUGUUUUAUAUCAUGAUACAAUCGAAGAUUUUAGUUUUACAAGUGCACGUAAAUAA